CAUGAAAUGUUUAUUUGCUCUCUCUCUUCAAUGCGUUAUUCAUUUAAUUGUUGAACUUUAUUUAAUCGCUUUAUGAUUCUUUCUCAAUUCAACAACGUUCUUCACGGACCACCGUUUCCUCUCACCAGAAAUGUGGCGUCGAAGCUUCUCCAAAUUCGCCAUUAGAGCUUCUGGUUUAGGUUUUCUAACGCGAUCUUUCUCGCGCGUGGCGGGAAAGAGGUUCGCUGCGUUGUGGGGGAACGGCGAUUACGGCAGAUUGGGUCUCGGCAACUUGAAUUCGCAAUGGAAACCCGUCGUUUGCACCGCCCUCCGCAACGAGAACCUUAAAGCCAUUGCUUGUGGCGGUGCUCACACUCUCUUCUUAACAGAUGAUGGAUGUGUAUAUGCAACUGGUCUUAAUGAUUUUGGGCAGCUUGGUGUCUCAGAGAGUAAGCACUACUCAGUGGAGCCACUCCGUGUUUUUGGAGAGGAGAAGAAAAUUGUGCAGAUCUCUGCUGGUUAUAAUCAUUCUUGUGCGAUCACAGUGGAUGGAGAGCUUUACAUGUGGGGAAAAAACACAAGUGGGCAGCUUGGACUUGGAAAAAGGGCUCCAAACAUAGUUCCUUUGCCUACUAAAGUAGAAUACUUGGAUGGAAUCAACAUUAAAAUGGCAGCUCUGGGUUCAGAGCACACUGUCGCAAUUAGUGAUGGUGGGGAGGCCUUUAGUUGGGGAAUGGGAGUGUCUGGUAGACUUGGUCAUGGCCACGAGUCAAGCAUCCUAGGAUUCUUCAGCAGUUCCAGUGAGUAUACUCCAAGGCUUAUAAAGGAUCUUGAAGGAAUCAAGGUAAAAUAUGUAGCUGCUGGUUUGCUAAGUUCAGCUUGUACUGAUGAAAAUGGUUCUGUUUUAGUAUUUGGUGAAAGAGGAAUUGAAAAUUUGCGUUUAAAGGAAAUGAGUGACGUGACAAGACCAUCCUUGAUCACUGAACUUCCAUACUCAAAAGAAGUUGCUUGUGGUGGCUACCACACCUGUGUCCUGACAAAUUCUGGAGAGCUUUAUACCUGGGGUUCAAAUGAAAAUGGGUGCCUUGGCAUUGGCUCCUCAGAUGUCAUUCAUCUACCUGAACAGGUUCAAGGGCCAUUCUUGAAGUCUUCUGUUAGCCAGGUUUCUUGUGGUUGGAAGCAUACUGCAGCAAUCUCUGAAGGAAGAGUGUUCACAUGGGGCUGGGGAGGUUCCAAUGGGACGUUCUCUGAAGAUGGACAUUCUUCUAGCGGACAAUUGGGUCAUGGAAGUGAUGUGGACUAUAUAAGUCCUACGAGAGUUUGCUUUGGAGAAGACGUGAAAGCGUUGCAAGUUUCAUGCGGGUUCAAUCAUACAGGUGCUAUACUGGAAUAUACAUAGCUUGUCUGCUCCAAUAAUUAACAAUUAAUGGUAUUUCUUUAAGAAGAUUCAAAAUGUGAUUAAUCUCCCAGUGUUUGUUCUAUGCAUCACCAUAUUAACAAUAUAUAUAUAUAUAUAUAUAUAUAUAUAUAUAUAUAUAUAUAUAUAUAUAUAUAUAUAUAUAUAUAUAUAUAUAUAUAUAUAUAUAUAUAUAUAUAUAUCUUCUAAUCCAUCCGGGAGGAUCCUGGAAGUUGCUAAUGCAUAUACUGUACACAUGUUGUAUUAUUCCAUUUUUUUCUCAGAAAUAGAGUCACAAAUAAAGCUUCGUAAAUAAUGUACAAUACUUGUAAAGAAUGAGCAAAAAACAUUGCUUCAGAUAAAUUACGCAAGGGAAUUGUUGCAUA